AUGUGAAGUAGCUGCAGCAGAGUUAAUGAAAGUUGAAUAUCAGGUGUGUUCCUAUACAGGCUGAAAGAGCUGACCACAGACUGAGACUCCACAUCUCUGCCUGCACACCAAGAGAUGGUGUUGUCUCAAGUCCUUGCUGUUGCCAAGACCAUCUACCAGCUGUGUGACAAGGCCGGAUCCAACAAGAAGCAAUGCCGCCGCCUAGAGAACAGACUCAGAAUGUUGCUGCUGCCUCUUAUGACUCUGGACAUGCGGUCGGAUAAGUCUGUGGCUCUGCAGGCAGUGGUAGAAGAACUGGACACCUUGCUUAAGAAUGCAAGGGAUUGGGUCAUUAAAUAUUCUCACCACUCCUGGUGGAAACGGGUACUCAAGGCCAAUAGCAUCAAGGAAGAAUUUGGCCUGAUAAACGAUCGGCUGGGGGAAUCGGCCACUCAUAUCUCCCUCCUGCUGGAUGCUGAACAGAGGUACAUGCUUGCCCAACAUAAGGAAAUACUUAUCCAACAAAAGGAGAUGAUUUCCCAACAGAUGAACAUGUUAUCUCAGUUCUUUUCAGAGAACACCAGGAAGAAGGAGAACCGAGAAGAUCUAGAAGAAGAUCUGAAGGCGCUCCGCACUUCCCUCAACAGUAAAGUAAUAUUGGAGUCUGGAAUGAAGAGCCUCGAAAUCAAACGGUGUCUGUUGUGCAAGGAUAAGCCAAGUGACCCGCUGUGGGAGGAAGAGACAAGUGACCUGAGAGUUAAACUGUCUCAAAUUAGUAUUGCAUGUCUCCGACCAAACUGGAACAUCACAGAAAUCCCGGUGAAAGAUCUGGAGCGAGGAGACCUAUUGCUGGAGCGAGCCACCCAUUACCUGUACCGGGGAGAGCUCCAAAACACCCCGGUGGCCAUCAAAGUGUUCAAGGAUCAGAAUGUGCAGACUGAAUUCAUUCGGAGGACAUUUCAGACUGAGAGCCAAACGAUGAAGAAAUUUGAGUGUUUGAAUAUUUUACAACUCUACGGUAUCUGUAUUGCUAAUUCAGGCCCACACACCCGCUACUCUCUGGUGAUGGAGUUGUGUGAGAAAGGGACGCUACGGGAACUGUUACAGACGGAACUGGACUUGAAAUGGGAUCAGAAAGUUCUUAUGGCUCUAGACGCAGCCAAAGCACUCUACAGGUUACAUCAGACUGAAGAAAAAGCUAUCCUCUGUGGGAAUCUGAGCAGUUCCAAGUAUUUGGUGGAUGGAAUGUAUUGUGUGAAGCUGUCAGGAUUUGGCCUCUCCAAGACAGAAUCUUCCAUCCGGAGACCCUCCAAUAUGGAGAGAAGGAAGGCCAGACAGCUGGAGUACAUCGCCCCUGAGACAUGGCAAGAUAUCAACGCCUACGACAAACGCAGUGAGGUUUACAGCCUGGGGGUGGUGAUGUAUGAAAUCGCUACUGGAAAACCGGCCUUUCACAACCUGGAGGUGACGGAGGACAAGCCGGGGGAGAUGCGGGAGAAGUGGUGGUCCUCGCUACACGAUGAACUUCCCUCUUCAUGUCCUGAUAUGUUCCGUGAUCUCAUUGGACGCCUCAUUCAGAAGAAUCCCAACAAUCGUCCGUCUGCUGGAGUAACUGUGGAUCUACUCAUGGCUCUUUGGAAUCAGAAAAUGUGCCCUGACCAGGAAUUCCGCUCUGCUCGUGCCUCUUUGGAAUCGGCAAACGCGCACUGACCAGGAAUUCAGCGACGGAAUAAAUGCAAGUGUUUGUUUGCAGCUACCUGAUUGGUCAAGGAGAACUUGUGGCGUACUGAUAUAGGAAAUGCUACCACCGCACAAUAUGGAAGAUUGCUUUUAGUAUUUAUUUUGGGAAUCUGAAGGAACUGAAGAUGAAGGAAGAAAACAAUUGGGUUUUAUAAGCUCUGUGCUAUUCCCAGGCUUUAAUGGGUAGAUGUCCCGCAAUCGGAGGCGGUAACGUUGCAAGACGGAUCUCCACACAUUUUAUCUGGGAAAAAAAAGCUCUGUCCACGUCCAAUGCUCGGCUCUGUUUAAAUAUGUGAAGCAUUUCUUUGUAUUUCACAAAGUCUGGAGUUAAAGAGAUUCUCUAGAUCAGAGAUAUGCAAUUAGCGGACCUCCCGCUGUUGCAGAACUACAAGUCCCAUGAGGCAUAGCAAGACCCUGUC